UUUGUUUUGACAGUGACAUUAUGGUGACAUGACAACACAUUUUAACGCGAAAUCAAAAGUUUUAAAAGUUAAUGUUCAACUUCAAAUGCAGUUAUGAAUUAUUUAUUGCGUCACCUAUAUUGAGGAUAAACGUCUCAAUCAUUUCCAAAAAAAAUAUGUUAACAUUUAUCCGGUGAUUUCUGAAGUACCUUUAUUAAAUAUUAGUGAAGAUGGCUCUUUGCGUAUACCUUUUACAAUUUGUUGCCUUUCUGGACUUAUUGGCAGUAGGGUUAAUAGUUCCCUUGGUUCCUAAUCACAUACGCCAAUUAGGUGGGAACCACAUAUAUGUUGGCUUACUAGGGUCAAUAUAUUCAGGAUUUCAAUUAGGAUCAGGCCCUCUCAUAGGAAGUUUAAGUGACCUCAAAGGUCGGAGAACUAUAUUAAUGCUGACGCUGCUCUUGUGUGCAGUUGUGUACACAAUUAUGGGAUUCACUUCAUCAAUAGCUGUAAUUUUAAUACUAAGGGGAAUGCUUGGUUUAUUUAAACAAACACAACUGUUGACAAAGGCUUUAGUGCCGGAUUAUGAGAGUAAUCAACAAAAACAAUCUGUAAUUUAUGGUAAAAUGGCUGCUAUAUCUGGUGUGGGUAUAACUUUGGGACCAGUUAUCGGAGGGCACAUUGUGGAAGAUCAUCCAGAAAAUGGUUUUAUGUAUAUUGCUGUUAUUGUUGGAUUUUGCUUCCUUGUUAAUGCAGGUUUAGUGUAUUUCCUGCCCGCAACUAUUAAGAAAGUAACAAAAGAGAGAAAAGCCAAUAAAGAAGAGAGUGUAUUAAAUAAAAUUAUAGUAAGCAGUAAGCAAUCAGUUGUUGAGCUGUCAAAAAUACCAUGGGCUGAAUAUUGGGAUGUUUUUCUACUGAAAGCUUUAAUAAGUUUUGCAAUGGCUGUUUAUUUUUCUAACUAUUCAUUGUAUUUAAAAACAAUAUAUGAAUUGUCACCUAAAUAUAUAGGAUAUGUUAUAUCUAUUCAGGGUGUGAUAUCAUCUGUUUCUAGUUUUUUUAUAGGUUAUAUUAAUAAAUUUUACUCUUAUGAUAUUGAUUAUAGUGUACGGAAUUUACAUAUGUUCAUUCUUGUUGGUGUUUCAUUAACAGGAAUGAUUUUAGCUACAAAUGUGUAUAUGUUUAUUGUUUGUUUGCUACCUUUAGCGGUUGGUAGUGCUGUAGGUAGAUUAGUUUCUUUAGAAAUGGUGUUAACAAGAUGUAAAGGAAAACAUAGAGGAACUCUUAUUGGUGCAACAAAUAGUGUGACAUCUUUAUCGGGAGUUGUUGCCCCCAUGGUGGCGGGAUUCAUUGGACAAUACUUUGGGGUGGCAUAUGGACUAUAUGCAUCAUUAUUUGCAACAUUACUCGGAGUGGCAUUGAGCUAUCAAUAUAAGAGGAAAAGCAAAAUUGAGUAAGAUAAUGUAUGCAAUAUUUUACAUAAUGUUGGUACUAAUUGAUUGUGAAUUUAAUAAAUUUAUACAUGUUUA